UUUAGUGUGUUUGAAAUAUACCGCCAGAUAUGUGAUGACGUCAUUUAUGACGUUCAUGACGUCAUAGACUAACCCAAUGUUCCCGCGAUCUAUCGCUACAUGCUCCUUCCUGAUAUUCUUUAUUCAAUGGAUUGAAGCCAUGGUGUAAGCUGAGUUAUUGCAAAAGUUGUUUACUAUUGUAAAAAAGCACGUGAAAAAUCUUAAGGAGAAACUACGUAAAAUUUCACAAUGAAUGAAAGUAAAAUAAUGACGAUUAUAUUGCGUAGAAUGUUUAGCAAAAAAUAUUUCAAACCACUCGCCGGUAUUCGUUCAAGAAUGCAAUUAAUAAAACAGGAUGAACAGAAUGUUGAUAUCGAAAAUUUCGAUAAUGAAGAUUUAAGUGAAUUCGAAGCAGAUUUUAUGAAUGUCGGUGAAAGCCAUAAAAUACACGAAAGAGAAAUGAGGAAGAAUAAAGAACAUUUAAAACAACAGAUUGUCAAUCAGAAGUAUUUUAUAGAAAAUGAACCACGUUUUCUCACAUUUGCAGAAAGGCAAUUAAUUUGUAAAUUAUACAAAUCCAAUCCUGAAGAAUGGACAGUGGAAAAGCUUAGUGAGAGUUUUCCUGCUUUACCAGAGACAAUACGAAAGAUUGUGCAUGCUAAUUGGAUGCCAAAAUCAGUCGAGAGAAUCAUGCAAUAUGAUGAUGUAGCAAUUGAAAAUUGGAAGAAAUUCCAUACUGGAAAACUUCCAGUAAGCCCCAGAUUCAAUGAACAUUUGAAAAAAUUUAAGAACAGAAAGAUUAUUUUGACAGACAGGGAAUUAUUGGCAAAACAGUUUGUUGUUCCUAAACCAAAAUUUGGGAAACCAAAGAGUCAAUUGUUUUCUAAUAUUAUACAAUCUUAUGCAAGUGAAAAACAAAAUAAUGAAAAAUUAUUACAAGAGAAUAAUUCACACAAAAUGAAAGAUGCAUUUAUUCAUUCUAAUGAAAAUCAGAAUUUAUUGAUCGCAGAUAACAAGACUGAAAAUAAUUCUAUUGAUGUUAAAAAUCCCAAGAAAUUUAUGUUAAAGGAAGAACAGCAUCUUACAUUAAACUCAGAUACAGAAUCAAAGAAACAUGAUAUAUUUAAUAAGAAAAAUAAUAGCGAGAAGCUAUUUACAUUCGAUGAAUUUGUAAAGACAAAACUGGAGGAUAUACACAAAAAAUCCCCAAAAGAAGGUAUCACGCUAUUGAACUUAUACAGGAAACAAAUGGAUGCUAGUGAAGAAAUAAAAACUGCAUCCAAUGAUGCAAUAAUUAAUACGGAAAAAGGUUCAUUAGAAAUUGUACAGAAAUCUGACCAGAGUGUUUCUGAAAUUUCUAAAAAUACAGAUAAUAAUAUUGUCAUAGCAGAUAAUUUGGUAGAUACAAGUAUUAAAAUAUGGAGUAAAAAAAUAGAUGCAGAAUGUGACUAUGCUAAGCCAAUAAAGAUAUCAGAAAAUCUCUAUAAACCUGGAAUGACAUAUCGAAUCAACGAUUGUUAUUAUGAUGAUGAUGGAGAGUUUUUAUAUCGAAUUCCGGGAGUACAAUCUUGAUUAUUGCAAUUAUUUUACAAUGAACUUAUUAAUGUAUGUACAUAGCU